AUGUCGAAAAGGACACUUGACGGCUUCUUCAAGGCAAGCCCAGCUAAGAAGGCGCCCGUAGAAGACCAAUCAGUCUCGACCAGAAACCUGGAGCCGCAAUCCUCAGACGUCACUAGCCAUCCAACCUUUCCUUGGGCCGUACCGAAUCUGCCUCGGAAUAUUGCUGCAGAGCUAGAAACCCUCGUGACACAUGCAGGCAAAGAGAUCAAGAAUCAGCUGCAUCUUGAUCUGCUCUAUUUCCAGCCCUUUGUACCUCGGACCAUCGAGCGCGAAUUGUUUGAAUUUCUACGCUCGGAACUCUUCUUUUACCGCGUUAAGUAUACCAUUCAAAGAUUCGGAAAGCAAACAGAAAUUAACACGCCUCGCUUCACGACCGUCUUUGGGAUCGACGAAACGAGCCGGUUUACAGCGGAGCUUCCUUCAAUCGUAGAGGCGUCGGACAGGACGAAAUCCGUGUCGAAGUCCAAGUACAAAUGUCAACCCAGGCCAAUCCCAGAAUGCCUGGAUUUUCUGCGAAGAGUCACUGAGGCAGCUACCAAUACGGAAUACAAUUUCUGUCUCGUCAAUUACUAUGCCACCGGUAGUGACAGUAUCAGCUACCAUAGCGAUGAUGAAAGGUUCCUCGGACCAGACCCUGCCAUCGCCUCAUUCACUCUUGGAGCCAAACGCGACUUCUUGAUGAAGCACAAACCGGUUGCACCGAAGAAUGGCGAGGGGCCGCUGGAAACAACUCCAAUAAAGCUUUCACUCGCAAGUGGGGAUAUGGUGCUCAUGCGCGGUCCUACCCAAGCCAAUUGGCUGCACAGUAUUCCGAAGCGCAAGGGUGCAGAUGUAGACAAGGGUCGCAUUAAUAUCACACUUCGUCGAGCAAUGACACCAGCAGGCACCGAGAAUUACUAUCGAUACAACGUCGGAGAUGGUGGUGUGUAUCGGUGGAGCAAAGAAAAGAAAGCUAUGCUACCUUGGAGUGCUGCUGGAAAGUGA